AUGGCUCCUGGCUCACCUCUGACUCGGUUUCCCCCACAGAUGGCUUUCCCCUGCCGCAGGUCCAUGAAUCCUAAGACUCUGACCUUCUUUCUGGUGGGUGUGAGUUUCUUGGCCCUGCACCUAUGGUUCCUCCAAGCCCCCAGGUCCCCGCAGGAGACCAUGUGGGACGGAUCCGUCGAGGCCACCCCUGCUUCUCCUGUGGCCGCGCAGCCGUGGCCGUAGCCGUGUGUGGCCAACGACUCGGCCAACGCCACGGACGACUUCGAGCAGCUGCCGCAGCGCAUCCAAGACUUCCUGCGGUACCGCCACUGCCGCCACUUUCCCCUGCUCUGGGACGCGCCCGCCAAGUGCGCGGGCCGGCGCGGGGUCUACCUGCUGCUGGCGGUCAAGUCGUCGCCCGCCAACUACGAGCGGCGCGAGCUCAUCCGCCGCACCUGGGGGCAGGAGCGCCUGUACGGCGGGCGGCAGGUGCGGCGCCUCUUCCUGCUGGGCACGAGCCCGCCCGAGGACGCCGAGCGCGCCGAGCGGCUGCAGGCGCUGGUGGGGCUGGAGGCGCGCGAGCACGGCGACGUGCUGCAGUGGGCCUUCGCGGACACCUUCCUCAACCUCACGCUCAAGCACGUGCACCUGCUCGACUGGCUGGCGGUGCGCUGCCCGCACGCGCGCUUCCUGCUCAGCGGCGACGACGACGUCUUCGUGCACACGGCCAACGUGCUCGGCUUCCUGGAGGCGCAGCGGCCCGACCGCCACCUCUUCGCCGGGCAGCUCAUGGACGGCUCGGUGCCCAUACGCGACAGCCGGAGCAAGUACUUCGUGCCGCCGCAGCUCUUCCCCGGGCCGGCCUACCCGGUGUACUGCAGCGGCGGCGGCUUCUCCUGUCCAAGCCGCACGGUCGGGGCCCUGCGCGCGGCCGCCCUCGACACCCCGCUCUUCCCCAUCGAUGACGCCUACAUGGGCAUGUGUCUGAAGCGCGCGGGCCUGGCGCCCAGCGGCCACGAGGGCAUCCGGCCCUUCGGCGUGCAGCUGCCCGGCGCCCGGCAGCCCUCCUUCGAUCCCUGCCUGUUCCGCCAGCUGCUGCUCGUGCACCGCUUCGCGCCCUACGAGAUGCUGCUCAUGUGGAAGGCGCUGCACAACCCCGGGCUGAGCUGUGGCCCGGAUCACAGGGUCUCCUGAGGACGGGUGGGGGCGUACUGGGGGGGGGGGGGGUGAGCAGCCCCCGCUCGUGAUGCGUCCCGUGCUGAGAGCGCAUCUUUCCUGCUCUGGAUACCUUCUAUCCCACCCAGCUCGGUGCACCCGAACCCCAGCUGCACACUGGAAUCACCUGGGUGGGAGGUGGGGGGGGCGGGGGUUGCAAAAGCCUGGCUCCUGGCCCCACCUCCAGAAUCUCUGAUUGUGUUGGUGCCGGGUGUCCCCGGAUACCUAGGUAUUUUUUAACUUCCUCCAGUGAUUCGAGUGUGCAGCUAGGAAUGAAGCCCGCUGGGCAAGGGGAUGUCAGUUGCCCCUCCAAACGCGGCUCCACUGCCCCUUCUAGGAGCCUGCCGGGGCCAGCUCCUGCCCUGAGUCCAUGUGGGCAGUGGAACAAGGAGGGGUGAGGAGCCGGGGUCCGAUGUCUCCUCUUGGGUACGAUACACGAGUUGUCACGUCCAUCGGUUCGCCACAAGUGAGUAGACACGCGGCUCAGUGAGGACAGUGACUGAUCCAGGGCCACGUGGUCAUUCCCAGUCAACACACCAUUGUGGUCCCCUCCACGCCCACCGACCACAGCUGAUGGCCGCCUCUAGUGGUCUCGACUAUGCACACCAGCGCCACCAGCCCUCCCGCCCAGAGGGCAGAGACAGCUCCCUGCCGGUGUCUGGGCCUGAGGGUUGGUCAGCCUUGGGGAACCAGGCUGGGGGGGUUCAGGGUGGCGUCAGCGUGGGGGUCAGCAAUGGUGAAACCAUGCAAGACAGUGAUAGGGGAAUCUGGACACUAUUGGGAAGCCGUGGGGGGCGACGUACAGAACUGUGUUGGGGGUGGGAGAUCAGAUUAGUAGCCUUGAGGGACAAUGUUAGGGAGUGUGCGGAGGUGACUGGAGUCGUGGAUAUCAGUUAGGAGGCCGAGGGGUCAGUGAUCGGGACCCUGUGAUCUCCAGGAGCUUUCAGUCAUCCUGGCAAAGUAGGAGGAUCAGAAACGGCCUAAGGGUGAGGCAGAAAUGUGUAUCAAGGUCCCAGCUGGGGGAGACGGACAAGAGGGAAUGACUUCAGGAAGGAAGGAGCCCAGACAGGAGUCAGGAGGCUGACCAAACGCCUUCCCUGCCCUAGGACAAGGUCCGGUUCCUCCCCGCCGGCAGACUCAUCCGGGUGGAACCACUCACGCCGUCCCUUCUUGGCCUCCCUCCUCCCUCUGCGCUUCUGCACAAGCACCGAUCCCUUCACGGGAAGUGUCUUUGAACCACCACCGUCCCUGUCUCUUGCGUCAUGCAGGAUGCCUGCAGGGGAGGCUGCCAGCUGUCUGCCAAAGUCUGCUACUCCCUCCCUCCUGGGCACACACCUAGGACUACACUCCCCAGCCUCCCUGGCAUUUGGGCAUGGCCAUGUGACCAGGCUCUUUGACGAAUGUGGUGUGGACGCCAUGAGGACCGCACUUGAACCCUGCCGCACCUGUGCUCCCCUUCCCUUUCCCCUGGAUUGGAACGUGGGAUCGGCACGUGACCCCGCUCUGACCUUGCAGGUGAGGACAACCCUCCAGGCCUACCUCAAAAUGAAGGACUGCUCUACCCAAAAUGUCCUAGUGCCGCGGUUAAGAAACUUCUUUUUCCCUCUGCAAUAACCCGGAGUCCACACUGAAUCUCCAACAGACCUUCACUCAGCUCCCGAUGCUUAUCCACCUGCCUCAGUGGUCACCUCAGCUUGGAUGUGCGGCAGGCACACCUCAGGCCUGCCUCUACCCCGGUGUUUCCCAUCUCAGUAAAUGGCACUGUCAUCCUCUCGACUUGUCCAUGCCAGGAAGGGGGCGCUGCAUAUCAAACUCUCCUUCUCUCUCCUACCCAUCCGGUCAAUCACCAGGUUGGUCUUACCUCCAAAAUAUCUCUCAGUCAGUUUCUGUCGGUCCAUCUUCUCCAUGGCACCAGAUGGCCUGGGUUCCCACCAGCUCUUAUGUGGGCCUCAGCCAGGGCCACCUAGGGAUGCACUCUCCACCCUACAGCAGCCAAAAGGCAGAUCUGGUCAUAAAUGGGCCCCCUCUCAAAAUCCAGCCCUAUUGUCCUCAGAUACAAAGCAAAUGCUUUCUGAGACGGGCGGUUUUGACCUGCUUUCCUUUGACUUCUCCGACUUGAUUUCUCCCCACUCUGCUGGGGGCCUCUUGAGGUUCUGUGUACUCUCUCUGGCCCUGGGCCUUCCAACAAGCUGUUCCCCUGCCUGAAACACUUUUUCCACUCUCGCUUCAUUGUUAUAAGCUUCAGAUAUAGAUAAAGUGUCACCUUCCUUGGAAAAGCCUUUCCCAACCCCCUCCUAGUCCCAGGGCACAGAGCUCCUCGCCCUACCUGGUUAUAGCUCUGUGAAUUCCCAGAACCCCCAGCAUCUGCUGCUGUGCCUGGAACAGUGCUGUAUUAGUUUCCCACUGCCGCUGGGACAAAUUACCACAAACCUGGGCACUUAAACCCACGCAAAUGUAUUGUCUUACAGCUCUGUAGGUCAGAGUCCAACACAAGCUUCAUGGGGUUAAAAAUCAAGGUGUUAUCAAGAUUGUAUUCCUUACUGGAGCUCUAGGGGAGAAUCUGCUUCUUGGCCUUUUCCAACUUCUAGAGGCCCCUUCCUCCAUCCUCAAAACCAGCAUUCUUGCAUCUCUAACUCUCCUGCUCCUCCUUCCACUUUUAAGGACAUUGGACCCAGUUGGAUAAUCCAGGGUUAUCUUCCUGCCUUAAGAUAAAUUGAUCAGCAACCUUCAUUCCCCCUCAGCCUUAUUUCCCUGUCCCUACUUAACCUAACCUAUUUAUGAGCUCCCGGGAUUAAAGCGUGGACUAGGGCCAUUAUUCUUCCCACCACGGUGUCCAAUAAAUAUUUGUCGAAUAAAUGAACAAUAAUUAAAUAAUAAGCUAAAAUUAAUAGAUGAGCAAAUGUGCUUCCUUCACACAGACCUCCCCGGGGCAGACUCUCGUGCUAGACAAUUAUCAUUAAUCCUGAAUUCCCUUCUCCUUUCUCCCAUUUACCAAGAGCUUUGUAACAGACAAGAAAAUGAGAUGCUGAGGCCAGGAGAAGACACCCUCCUUAUUCUCUAGAAAGUCUGAAUUCUGUGCCCUGACGACUUCCUCCCAUUUCCCUGACAAGCAGAUGGAUUAUCCCCACUUUACAGUAUGUAAAUUAACGUGGAGAGACAGCAUGUUGUAAAGCACCUCUGAGUCCCUGACUGCCUCGAAUCCUCACGCCAGCCAGGGAACGGGGAUUAUUACCACCGCCCUUG